AUGGAUAGAGACGUAUUGGAGAAAUUUAUAGACCUUCAAGACAAAGAGAACGAUAUUGAUACUAAGAGUAAAAUAUAUCAUGAAGUUACGGACAGAGGGAGCGUUACCCCUACAUUUAACCAAGGAUCCAGCGGUAUGAGUCCCAAGUCUGUGGGGAGUUCCGGUAGAAACAAGAACAUCCAGUUGCAAUUAACGCCUACCAAGGCUGAUCCUACUAGCACACUUGACUCGCAUCCGUUGAAAGGUGAUAAUUCAGAUCAAGACGAUAUCACUGGCAAUAUGAAGGAGAACGAGGACGAUGUAUCAUUGGGGUCCGGUAAAGUCACCGUAAAGAACAAUGGUAACGGGGUUUCUGCUGCUACAAAUGGCAAGGGAGGCAAUCAGGAGCUAGGAAUACGAAGAAGCAACACAUGGAAAAGAAAGUCUUUAAUAAUGCCAUUAAUGUCUCCAGAGCACACAGUUAAGCAGCAGCAACGUCAAUCAUAUCAGCAGCAUUGCAAACCAUCAGAGUCUGUAUCGAAUACCCCGCUGGGACGGAAAUAUCGAUCAAAACUUGACCGAAAUGACGGACAAAAAUCUGUGCGGUCCAGCAUAAGUAGCAUUGGAUCACUUCUCCCGGAUGGAGCCACCACAGAAUUUAGCGCAAGUCCAGCUACUAAAUUGAAGUUGCCUACAACUACGACCGACACCGCCAAAGUAGUGCCAUCUGUUUCUGAAGAUGAUAAUGAUAUGGAAUCUUUGUUGCAAUCACUGGCGAACAAGGAACUAGAGAUAUUGGAAAGGACAAGGCGAGUUCACGAUCUUUUCAGGCAAAUUAAGAUUGAAGAUAAGAUAAUAAAACAGAAUGCAGAAGAACUUCAGCAGUUGAAGAAAAAAGUUAGCCGUUUAGUGGGGAAUCAAGUUCAAGGUCAGAACUCUAAUACGACAUUACCUGCAGAAUCCCAUGGGGAAAGUAACAACGCAGAAACCGCUGAUAACAAAUCAAGCUCGUUAUGGACAAAAUCCGUUUCAUUACUCAACCAAUUUGACCAAAUUAUUCAGGGGACCGUUGAAACGAAGUUAGGAUUAGGCGACUCGGGAUCCAGUGCAACUGAAAAUCAAUCAGAGGGCAAGCCAAAAGGUGACGACAAUGCGGGAAGUGCGAUUUGGUCCUUAGUAAAUGAGUUUAAAAACGGGCUUGGGUUACUAGCAACAGAGGAAGAAGAUGCUGAUGGGUCUAUAGGCACGAUAGCGACUGGUCUUGCUACCAAUAUGGAAGAUUACGGCACAAGAAAGGCAGAAUCAUCAACUCAAGCAAAAGAGAUUGAAAUGUAUCAUUAUAGUCAUUAA